UACAGAUUCUGUUGGUGUCCAGGGGCGACCAGGAUCUCCAAACUCUAUCUCUUUAAGAUGAUACUUAAUUCCUGAGCAAAGAUGUUCUUCAUAUGAUACAUCCCUAAGGACGAAGUGGACAUCUGCGAUACGAGAACAAUAACAAAUCAGAGAAGAAAAACCCGAUUGUUGUAGAAUUCGAUUGCGAUGUCCUAGAUUAUAAAGAAGCGUGUAUUCGAUGGUAAUCAAAUUUCUCCCGUUGUCACAUCGAUCACGAUUUUGACGUGAACACCCACUUGCGACAGUUGUACGAGAAUUGGACGCGCGGAUGACAGACGUGUGCCGCAGGUUGUGUUGGUAAAGAAAUCUUGCAUGAGAGAUAUCGGCAGUGUUUCAUAAAAGACUAUUUUAUGAUUUGGUAUUUAUCCAAGGAGCAGAAAUCGUUCAAUCGUGUUUUACUUUUAACGAAUGACAAGAUCAUUGGUUGUACAUUUUUCUUAAUUUACUUUCGACGGAGUAAAAAAGCAGGGACAACUUGGAUAUAUAUUAGAUUUCAUCUGACAAGCAACUGUUUGACUGGAAAUAAAGGCCGUAUCACAAUCUUUGAGAACUUCUUGUACGCAACAAAAUCAGAAAUAAGACUGUACUGCCAUUUUAUCAUCGGAUAGCUUAAAGCGUAAAAGGCAGCAUUCUCCUUCUGAACCUAGGACAAGUGAAUUGUCUUAUUCCACGAUGACGACACAGGUGAACUUUGACCCCGAGGUCAUGACAACAGAAGCCCUAAACUUUACCAAUUCUUGGCCAGAUAAUUACACUGGUAAUGGCAUUGUUGACAGGUGGUCACUUGACAAACACAUCCAGCUUGCCAUACUAUGGAUCCUCUUUACGCUUAUCAUAGUCGGUAACGGUAUUGUCCUCAUUGCAUUAUGGCUGGUACGGCACAAGAAAUCCAGGCUCAACUUCUUCAUCACUAAUCUCGCCGUUGCGGAUAUCUGCGUUGGUCUUUUCAGCGUUGGUCUUGAUAUAAUCGAUCGACAGACGCCAGAGUUCACAGGAGGUGACAUAGCAUGUAAAUUGUAUCGAUAUGUCCAAGCCUACGUCGUGCUAGCGUCAUCGUACCAGCUUGUAGCAUUGAGCUUUGAUCGAUUCUUUGCUAUAGUUUUCCCCAUGGAUUUCACAGGCAGCGGUAAAAGGUCGACGCUUUUGGCAGCGGGUGGUUGGUUGCUUCCAUGUGUCCUGUGUAUUACGUCAGCAGUGGUUUUUCAAGUUGAUCUGUUAGACUCCCCGGACAGGAAAUCUAAAGUGAUGUCAUGCUGGCCGGCACCAUUAUAUGGAGACCAAGCCUGGAAACUCAAGGUUUACUCGAUGUACGUCAUUUCUUCGUUCUUCUAUAUUCCGUUAAUACUCAUCACUUUCUGUUACGUCACAAUCAUCGUAACAAUCUGGAAGAGAGCAAAGAAGAUGGGUGGUCCACAGGUGAUCAAGAAGUCGAAAAAUUCAAACAGAGAUGUGGCAUACGAAGGUUUGUCAAAGGAUAGUAACUGCACCAUGCCUAAACAUCGAGCGAGCUCACGGGGUCUCAUCCCGAAAGCUAAGGUUAAAACAAUCAAGAUGACUAUUUGUAUUGUGUUGGCGUACAUCUGUUGCUUCUUACCGUUUUCUCUGUUCUACACAUUGGAAGCGUUUGGUUGCAUUAAUCCACAGAGCACGGCUGUCCUCAUGGCCACACCUGUUCUUCAAAAUCUACCGUCCCUGAACAGCGCCACCAAUCCAUUCAUAUAUGGCAUUUUCAGCACUAAUGUAUGCAAAGAGUUGAGACGGAUACCCGCAAUUAAUUGGAUAGCCGAUAAAGUGCCGUGCUGCACGGCUUGGAAACCGCUCCGGUUCGGACGCACCACCUACCAGACAAAUACACACACCACGGAAUUCAACAACUUCUCCGACGGUCAUACGGGCUCCAGAGGCCGUAAUAUCGUUAGCAUGAGUGGGAAGGUCGUCGAUGGCCCCUCCAAGGACGAUAGUCGAAAUUCGACCACCAGUCCGAUGUAGCUCGACUUCAUCCACGGUAUCGUUAGCGAUGGUUUAUAUGAAACGAGGACAAUGUUUGGACCACUUUUCAAUUGAUUGAUUUUUUUAUCAGGGUAGUCUUUUCAUUUGUUACACUUUGAAAAAUGACAAGAGUUUGGUCUCUGAAAAUGGAUAGGUCAUGAAACAUUACGUUUCCACAGGUGUUUGAUGUUUAACAUCGACUGAGCCCACCAAACUGAGAGGUCAUUGGAUUUGUGUCAUUUUCAUGAUCUAAAGGUUGUAAUAUUUGACGUGAUGGAAAUGGUCUCAACUAACACUGAUACACUAGUUGGUUUGAAAUCAAAUCGUCAUCAUUUUACAUGUUUUGAUUUUCCCCCUUUACAUUGUAUUCGUAGUUUCAUCGUGUUACAAUAUGUAUGUUGUUUUACUAAGCUUCGAUGACUCGUCUGGAACUCAUAGGUUUAUAAUUGACGGGUAUGGUAUACAUGUAAUACUCGGUCAUCGUAAAAAGACCGAUAUUAUUAAGCAGAUUUUAGAGCCUUUGGAAAAUAUAUACGACUUCAGCCAUGUGAGACUGCUAAGUAAUAAUUUACAAUACAUCAUAAUUACUUCUAUCCCUAUCCCUUUCUUUACCCCCCCCCCCCCAGCUUCCCCAUCACAUUUGCCUUUUGACACAACUGGACUAGUUCCCCUUUUCACACGUUAACAUACGGGACUUAUAGACAAAAGAAAGAUGGCUGAUCUAUAAAUAACGGCUCUUCAGAUGACCAAAUACAUAUUGUCCAUCUCUGAGGACGACAGUCUGCUGACAACAUGAAAAAAAUGCCAAGGAUUUAGAGGACCAAAGCCUUCCCCAACUAUUACCUGAACUACGGAAUGACAACUGAUCUUAAGAACCUAUUGGCACAAGACCAAAUUUAGACACAUUUCAAGAUGGUGGGCCACUCAAGUUCGUCGCUUUAAUACUCAUUUAUUUUCAAAACUACCUAUAUUAAACCAAUGUCCAAAACAGCAUCCUAUUUCACGUAUUUUCACGCGCUUUCUUUAUACAGGUGCCUAAUGUAAGACCUAUAAAACACGACAUCACUCAAGAAAUUUUAGAUCACACAAACAUCCAGAAAAAUGAUACCCCAAAUGGAAAUGAAUAAACUCCGGAAAAAAUAUUUUUUCUUUCUUUGGCGAUUCGCCACUUUUUUUCAAGAUUUUCACGUUGUUAAGGUGGUUUCACACCGAAAUCCGCGUAGAGUUGCGUAGGGAAUGCGUAAAAAUUAGCUGCGUACUCAUGACAAAAAAAAAUAAUGGAUCGGCGUAGUCCCUGUGUAGGGUAGCGUACGGUUGCGUAUGGAUUCCUUGCGCAUAAACUCUUACGCACAAUUUCUGGCCUAUCCUGGGGCCCGUCUUACAAAGAGUUAUGAUUGAUCCGAUCAAUCACAACUAUAGAAAGCCAGCAACGUCAACAUCCAAAAUACAUGCUUGUUCAAAAUAUUUAUAAAAAAUGAUGUAUAUUCAUACAUUCACCGUUUUCAUGGUUUUCUUGACAAUUCAGUAUGCUUCUCUUUGUUUUCAAAGGACAUUGAGCAAAUUUCCAGAAGAAAAAUUAUGAACUUGAUGGAUUUCUAUAUACUUGAGAUUGAUCGGAUCAAUCGUAACUCUUCACGGACCCUGGCCAGACAAAACUGCAAAAGGGGAGCUUGGUCUGUUACUUUUACUUCUGUAUAGUUUCGCUGCCACCUACAUCAUUAUGUUCAAAGUGUGGUACAGGUGAAUCUCCACCUUAGUCACUUAAAACAAAAUAACCAUGAUAAUUUUCUCGCUCCGACCCUUGCUCUUCAUGUUUGGUAUCUUCCAAACUAUAUCAAAGUUGAAGGAACAAUCAAUCAAGCAUGCAAAUAUCAGUCUAAAAAGUGAAGUGCUAAUUUAGCUCUUACAAAGCUUUUAUGGAUGGUGACUGAAUUAAA